AGGAAACACUUGAAAUCCAGGCCGAAUAUAAACGGCCAUAUAUUAUUCCUCUUUCUUCUCCAUUUUCAAUUUCUUUAUUUAUUUUUCUGAGAAGAAAUCUGGAUUUCAACUACAGAGUUUGAGGUUCAACAUAGAAAUCUCCUCUUCUCUGUUUCUAUCUUCAUUUUCAUUCAGGAACCAUGGGUGCAGGGGGGCGUUCUAUUCCUCCAACCGUGAGAAAGGAGAAAACUGAAUCUCUCAACAGAGUACCUUUUGAGAAACCACCAUUCACACUUGGGCAGCUCAAAAAAGCCAUCCCACCUCAUUGCUUUCGGCGCUCUGUGCUACGCUCUUUCUCUUAUGUUGUUUAUGAUCUCACCAUUGCCUUCAUCCUUUAUUACGCUGCCACUAACUACAUCCAUCUCCUCCCAAAGCCCUGCAACUACUUAGCCUGGUCCAUCUAUGGCUUUGUCCAAGGUUGUGUCCUGACUGGUGUUUGGGUAAUAGCCCACGAAUGUGGCCACCACGCCUUUAGUGACUACCAAUGGCUUGAUGACACUGUUGGCCUUGUUCUCCAUUCAUGCCUCCUUGUACCAUAUUUCUCUUGGAAAUACAGCCAUCGGCGUCAUCAUUCCAACACUGGUUCCAUGGAGAAGGAUGAAGUUUUUGUACCAAAAACAAAGGAUGGCCUUGCGUGGUUUUCCAAGUACCUUAACAACCCACCUGGACGCAUUCUCUCCCUCUUCGUCACGCUAACCCUCGGCUGGCCUUUGUAUCUUCUCUUCAAUGUCUCUGGUAGGAGAUACGAACGGUUUGCCUGCCAUUAUGACCCUUCAUCCCCAAUCUACUCGGAGCGUGAGAAAUUGCAAAUUUACAUUUCUGAUAUUGGGAUUUUGAGUGUGGCAUAUGGACUUUACCGCCUUGCAGCUGCCAAUGGGCUUGCUUGGGUUUUGCGUGUGUAUGGGGUUCCAUUGCUUGUUGUUAACGCUUUCCUCGUGCUCAUCACCUUCCUUCAACAUACACACCCUGCUCUUCCCCACUAUGAUUCAUCUGAGUGGGAUUGGUUGAGAGGGGCAUUGGCUACUGUGGACCGAGAUUACGGUAUUUUGAACAAGGUAUUCCACAACAUUACCGACACACAUGUGGCUCACCAUCUUUUCUCCACCAUGCCCCAUUAUCAUGCAAUGGAGGCAACGAAGGCAAUUAAGCCGAUUUUGGGUAAAUAUUAUCGGUUUGACGAGACUCCAGUUUAUAUGGCAACAUGGAGGGAAGCCAAAGAAUGUAUUUAUGUGGAGGCAGAUAAUGAUAGCCAGAACAAAGGUGUGCUCUGGUACAAAAACAAGCUUUAAAUAUGCGAAUUUUGGUUUUAUCUUUGCUAGGAAAAAUCCUGGUUCUUAUAGGGAUUAUCGAGCCAUUGUCUUUGAAACCACCUUCUCCUCCCCGCCCUUCCCCUCCCUGUUAGAGUUUAGGUUGGUUGUGUUUCCGUCUUAGUAUUAUGUUGUAUUUUGAGCUGAAAAUUCUCGAACUACAUUUCACUUUGUUGUUGGGCAUUGUGGAUGAUUGAGAAUUUUACCAGGCGAAUUUAGGGGUUCAUUAAUCACUAAUAUUGUUGUUAGUGCAAUAAUAUGGUUAUCCUUUUGUUGCUGCA